AUGGCCUCGAUCAAGACCACAGCGUCCUCGCAACAUAAUAGUCCCUUCAUCAAGCAACUCGCGUCAAGCAGUACGUCUACGACCUCGCGAUCCAAAUUCGCACCAAAUCACUUAUACUAAUCCCCUUCACAGACCCAACCCAUCGACGUCAAGCCCUCUCUUCCCUCCGAACCUACCUCUCCCACCCCGCCCGUGAUCUCUCAAACCUAGAGACCUUGAAACUGUGGAAAGGCCUCUUCUACAGUAUGUACAUGUGCGACAAGCCACGAAACCAACAGACCCUCGCUCGAGAUCUCGCAGACCUGGUCGACACUUUGAAAUCUGCAGAGGCAAAGUCGUCCUUUCUGUCGGGCUUCUGGACCAUCAUGGCAAGAGAAUGGGGGAAUAUAGAUUAUCUGAGGAUGGAUAAGUACCUCUACUUGGUGAGGUGUAUGGUGAAGAAAGGGUUCGAGGUUGUGGCUAAAGAGAAGGAUACUGUUGAUGCGUACAAUGAGAUGAUCUCGGGCGACGGGGGCGCUUUGAGUCCGCGGGAUGCGAAAGUCCCAGUAGGAUUGCGGUUACACGUCUUAGAUGUGUGGGUCGAUGAGUUGGAAAGGGUUCUGGACGGGGAGGAUGGGGUGGUGGAGAAGAUGAUGCAGCCGGUGAAGAAGCUGGGAAAGGAAAGUCUCGUGAAGAGCGUGAGGGAUCGGGCGAAGGAGACGGUGGGAGAUGAGAGACUAGCUGACGAGGGGAAGCGAUGGAGGACGGAAGGAGAGGCAGCUGAUGGCAAAGAGGACAAUGCUGAAGAGGACCGGGAUAACUUUGGUGGAUUCGAUGAUUGA